AAAAUUGUUAUAUUGGUAAACCCGUGUCCUUUAGUAAAGAUGAUAUUAAUUAUACCUGUAAGGAAAUAUCAUCAGAAUCAUUAGACUUAACUUAUUUAUUAAACAUUGUUACUCCUACUAUCCAUGGCCAUGGUUAUAUAUUUUAUCAUUUAAAACCUCAUACAAUAUUUACUUGGAAGACUUACGAAGUAAUGCUUGAAUUCCAAAAUGAACAAAAACGACAAGAAUUUUCUUUGAAUAAUCUAAAUACAAUUAAAGAGUACUUAACUCGCAAGUUGACUCCAGCAUUAAAAUGGAAGGAAAAACACAUUUUGUAUUUGCUUGAUUAUUUACAUGAAAAUCAGGACAAGGUUUUACAACUCAGACGUCGCGGCUCUAUAGCUAAGGAAGUGAGAUCGACUCUCUGGUUAGAUGCUGCCCUUGCGUUACACGUAAACGGUUGCGAUCGCUUGCCUUAUCAAUGUGAGCUGAAGUGGAAGAAUUUAAAGGCUAAUAAAGAUCCUAGGUUUUUGUCUAAAGUUGAAGCAAUCAUUGGCGGAAAUAG